CGGUCCCCCCGCCCGGCCGCCCCGCGGGACUAUGCUCGCCGGCGAUGGACGCGCCCCGCGCAGGAAAUGCCUUUGAGUACCUUAUUGAAACAUUAAGUGACAGUUCCCGUAAGAAGUUCUUCAAUGUACCUAAACUUGGAGGCGCCAAGUAUGACGCGCUGCCCUUCUCCAUCCGGGUGCUGCUGGAGGCUGCCGUGCGCCGCUGCGACGGCUUCCUGGUGCGCGAGGACGACGCGCUGGCCAUCCUGGACUGGCGAGCCCGGCGGGGUGGCGCUGAGGUGCCCUUCUUCCCCGCGCGUGUGCUGCUGCAGGACUUCACCGGGAUUCCGGCCAUGGUGGAUCUCGCUGCUAUGAGGGAGGCAGUGAAAACGCUUGGAGGGGACCCUGGGAAAGUCCACCCCGCCUGUCCGGCAGACCUCACUGUGGACCACUCUCUGCAGAUUGACUUCAGCAAAUGUGCGAUACAGAAUGCCCCAAACCCCGGCGGUGGGGACCUGCAGAAGGCAGGGAAGCUCUCCCCACUUAGAGUCCAGCCCAGGAAGCUGCCCUGCCGCGGCCAGGCCCCCUGCCGCGCGCCCUGUGACCCCGGAGAACCCGGCCGGCCCUCGGGACAGUGCUCCCCGCAGAUCGAGAACACGCCGCUCCUGUGCCCCUUCCACCUGCAGCCAGUACCUGAGCCUGAAACAGUGUUGAAAAAUCAAGAAAUAGAAUUUGGCAGAAAUCGAGAACGGCUUCAGUUUUUCAAGUGGAGUUCAAGAGCUUUCAAGGAUGUGGCUGUCAUCCCUCCUGGAGCUGGGAUGGCACAUCAAGUGAACUUAGAGUUUCUGUCGAGAGUGGUUUUUGAAGAAAAGGACCUUCUCUUCCCGGACAGUGUCCUUGGCACAGAUUCUCACAUAACCAUGGUGAACGGCUUGGGGAUCCUGGGGUGGGGGGUCGGCGGCAUCGAGACAGAAGCUGUCAUGCUCGGCCUGCCAGUCUCCCUCACUCUGCCAGAGGUGGUUGGAUGCGAGUUAACCGGGCCGUCAAACCCUUUCGUUACGUCCAUAGACGUUGUUCUCGGCAUCACAAAGCACCUCAGGCAAGCUGGAGUAGCCGGAAAGUUCGUUGAGUUUUUUGGAAGCGGAGUUGCGCAGUUGUCUGUCGUGGACCGAACUACGAUCGCUAACAUGUGUCCCGAGUACGGUGCCGUCCUCAGCUUUUUCCCUGUUGACAAUGUGACGCUGAAGCACUUAGAACACACAGGUGUUGACAAAGCCAAACUCAAGUCAAUGGAAACCUACCUUAAAGCUGUGAAAUUGUUCCGGAAUAACCAGAAUGACUCAGGAGAACCUGAAUACUCCCAGGUGAUCCGGAUCAACCUGAAUUCCAUCGUUCCAUCCGUCAGCGGCCCCAAGAGACCCCAGGACAGAGUUGCUGUGACAGACAUGAAGACUGAUUUCCAAGCCUGCUUAAACGAGAAGGUUGGAUUUAAAGGCUUCCAAAUCGCAGCUGAAAAACAGAAGGACCGCGUGUCCAUUUGCUACGAAGGGCGCGAGUAUGAGCUGGCCCACGGGUCUGUGGUCAUGGCCGCCCUCAACAGCUGCACCAACAACUGCAACCCCUCGGUCAUGCUGGCGGCAGGUCUUUUGGCCAAGAAGGCUGUUCAGGCCGGUCUGCGCGUCAGGCCCUACAUAAGAACCAGCCUGUCUCCCGGCAGUGGGAUGGUCACGCACUACCUCAGCGCUAGCGGGGUGCUGCCCUACCUCAGCAGACUCGGGUUUGAAGUAGUCGGCUAUGGGUGUUCAACCUGCGUGGGGAAUACAGCACCCUUGUCAGACGCAGUUCUGAAUGCAGUGAAACAGGGUGAUUUGGUCACUUGUGGAGUUUUAUCUGGAAACAAAAACUUUGAAGGUCGUCUCUGUGACUGUGUCCGAGCCAGCUACCUCGCCUCCCCACCCCUGGUGGUCGCCUACGCCAUCGCGGGCACCGUGGACAUAGACUUCCAGGCCGAGCCACUAGGCGCUGACCCUGCCGGCAGGAGUGUCUACCUGCGUGACGUUUGGCCCAGCCUGGAAGAGGUUCACCAGGUUGAGGAGGAGCACGUUAUUUUGUCCAUGUUUAAAGCAUUAAAGGAAAAAAUAGAGCUGGGGGAUAAGCGGUGGAACUCCUUAGAGGCACCAGAGUCAGUUCUGUUUCCGUGGGACGUAAAGUCCACGUACAUCCGCUGCCCUUCGUUUUUUGAUAAGCUUACCAAAGAGCCAGGCCCGCUCCGGCCCAUUGAGGGCGCCCACGUCCUGCUGCGCUUGGGGGACUGCGUCACCACGGACCACAUCUCCCCCGCUGGGAGCAUCGCCAGGAGCAGCGCUGCCGCCAAGUACCUGGCGCACAGAGGCCUCACCCCUCGGGAGUUCAACUCCUACGGAGCCCGGAGGGGGAAUGACGCGGUGAUGACGAGGGGCACCUUCGCAAACAUCAAACUCUUGAAUAAGUUUAUUGGAAAACCCGCGCCCAAAACUAUCCACUUCCCUUCAGGACAAACGCUGGAUGUGUUUGAGGCCGCGGAGCUGUACCAGAAAGAAGGCACCCCACUCAUCAUCCUGGCGGGGAAGCAGUAUGGCUCGGGGAGCUCCAGGGACUGGGCCGCCAAAGGACCAUACCUGCUGGGCGUGAGAGCUGUCCUGGCUGAGAGCUACGAGAAGAUCCACAAGGACCACCUGGUUGGAGUCGGCAUCGCGCCUCUGCGCUUCCUCCCGGGGGAAAGCGCCGAUUCCUUGGGCCUCUCGGGCCGGGAGACGUUUUCCUUCACGUUCCCUGAAGAGCUGUCUCCAGGGGUCACGGUAGACGUGCAGACAAGCACCGGGAAAGCGUUCCGUGUGAUCGCGUCCUUUGAGAACGACGUGGAGAUAGCAUUGUACCAGCACGGAGGGUUAUUAAACUUUGUGGCCCGGAAAUUCUCCUAGUACCUCCUCCCCUGCUGGGGACGCCCUGGACGCCCGAGCCACCCGCGCGGGCCGUCUCGCCGUGGGCGCCAACAGCCAUGAAUUGACGUGAUGACGGAAAUGAAAUCUCCUUGAUUCUCAAUCAUACACGAAUGGUGCUAUUAACAUUGCUUCAAUCAGCGUGUGAAGUGUCUGGGGAAGAGACCUGUAAGUACGGGGGGAUCUUUUAUCAGACCAUUUUGUAAAUAACGGCAGGAUUGGAACUUGAAGAUUCUCAUGAGCGACCUUCCUGAAGGUGUUUAGCUUUUGCACCUGUAGAACUGUACACUGCUGUUGGCUGGUUUAAGAAUUGCCUAUUGGGAUAUAAGAAACAAGAUCAGACUCAAAUUCUGGACGGUGGAAUGUGAUUUAUAAAUGGACUUUCAAGCAUGUUGAUUUCUUUUCAUACCUGAGCUGGACACAGCCAGCCUCGUGGUUCGUCGCGUUGACCAGGGCUCCCCGCACGCCCCCACUGCAGGCCGCCCACUCGUUCUGGCCAAGCCUGUCCAGGUGCCCGCUGCGGCGCGUCUGGUGCACAGCCCAGGUCCUGGCAGCGCUUCCGGUCCCGGGGCUGACGGCCCUGGCUUCUCUUGAAUUUGCUGCUGACCCGCUGGUGAGCUUGGAUGGAGAGUUCAUUGGAGCCUAUAGUUUUGCUCGCUUUACUAAACUUCCUGUGAGCUAGUGUAGCUGUCAUCAACCAAAAUUUCAUAGCUCUUUUAUUUUUGCUAAAGAGAUCUUUAUUUAGUCAUUACACACUAAAGUGACUUUCAGCUUUUAAAUUACCCACCCAUAAAUUAUAUGGUUGCUUAGCCCUAGGCAUUUUUUAAAUGUCGGCUGUUUCUUAAUUAUUUAAGUGGAUUUCCUGUCUUUGGGACUCUCACUUUCCUGGGGUGCUUCUGUUAGUCAUGGCCUCUGUCCCAACCGGCGUGGCCUCGGGCCAGAGCCCCACUCGGUACUGGCGGCCUCGUGUGUCUGUCCCGCGUCGAAUGUCCUUUCAGCAGCGAGGCUGGCGGCUGCCUUGGAAGGGCUGGGUGGUUUCCAGAAUGUCCUGUCCCUUUUUUCUUUUAAUGAAGGUAUUCAGGGAAGUGGUUGGUUGUAGUGGGUUCUUGUGUUUCUUUCACACGGAGCUCUGCCUGUGCUCUGUUUAAAUCACUGCAGUUUGGAACUAGCUCACAUCACACAGGAUUCAGAUUUAAGUGAAGCUAAAAUGCUGAAACUUCCAAUUCAUUGGGUGAAAACCUCUGAAAAUUUUGCACAUACUCAGUCACAAUCAUGUGAAAAUAUUCUGCAAUUAUGGGGUAAGAUAGACUAGAGUCUGACACAUGAUCUUCUGUCUUUACAGUUUUUACAAUAUUUCUGUCGGUCCUUUCUCACCACACCGUGUCCCAAGCCUCUGUUGUGCUGUCUGUCUGUCAGUGCCUGUGUUUUUACUUUAAAUGGAAACAUGAGUCAGGAGUGGGGAAUUUCCAAGUUGAGUGUCACCAUAACAGUUGUCUGCUUUGAAAAAAUGGUGAUCCCAGCGCGCAGGCCACGUGGGUGCCAUCUGGAGCUGCACUUUCUGGACCGAGGCUGGCACUGCUGUCCUGUGCAGAUCUGGGCGAGGACGGUCGGAAUGCUCGGUGGCUGUGAGCUCAGCAUUUCCGUUUCCGGUGACGGUACAAGCAGAUCUUGUCCAAAGUCAGAAUUCUCUUUGUCUCUUGCUCGUGUGUGAACUGGAAGCCUGGGUCAGUAUGGCCGUCGGCUUGGAAGAAGAGGCCUGGGCAGACGUCCCAGGUAUGCUGAGAAUUCUGCCUCCAGCCAAACGCUGUGUUUUCAGAACUGCCAUCUCUUGGUUUUUACUGUUUUAUUUACCUGCCUUGUUGACUGUAUCUUGGUAAUUUUGUAUUAAAAACAAGAGCGGCAUGGAAGGAAGUGGAGUCACGCUGGAGGCCAGGAAUGCGCCUGCAGGCACAGUCCAGAGGUUGCUCCAGCCGCAGCAUCCGCGAGCCCCUUCGGCAGACAUCACACUCCUCACUGGCGCCUUUGGGCUCUGCCCCCUGGAGAGCAAAACGCCCAUCCCCUCGCUGCCGUUAGUUACCAUCUCAAAAAUGUUUCCAACAUGCUGUUGUCAUUUCCUGUUUUCUCUCCAAGCUGAGUGAGAUGUCUGCACUCCGUCUGAGCGAUGGCCUUGCCCCCAUGACGAUCAGACAGAAGGCCCAGCUGGGCGCGGCAGCAGAGAUGUUGGCAAGGAUGGGGGCGCUCGCCCAGCAGUAGCACCUGGCGGGAUGCAGAGAAAUUGGUUGAUCUAUUUCUGUGGUUGAAUUAGAAGACAACUUUCUUUUGCCUUCAGGCCUCGAAGAAGGCACAGAGGCCCUGGGUGUCGGCUCGCCUUAGUUUGGGAGUGAUAAAGGGGGCCGGACGGGGCUUUCCGCGGAGGCUCCCGAAGACGCUGUGAAGCCGUAUAGAUCAUUACGUCAAUGCAAAUCAUUGUAUUUAAAGCCAACAAACAGUGUAACAGUUUUAAGCUCAAUAAUGUUAAGUAUUGUACAGAAACAUUGGAGGCAAGUCCAGUUAGUGACAAUUGUGUAUAUGUUAUUGAUGCUGUAAAUUAUUUUUAAUAAAGAAAAUUGUAUUAUCACAUUUUUUGACUUUUGUUA